AUGGAAUCUCUAAGCAUAUAUGUACUGAGUUUCAACUGCGCUCGGAAUGUGAUCCAGCCUUACUCGUUUGCCUCUCAUCUCUUCGAUGUUCUUCCUGAUUCAAGGUGUCGGUCAACGGAUCUACCCGAGAUACUUGUCUUGUCACUCCAGGAAGUUGCCCCUAUCUCCUAUGCAUUCCUUGGAGGCUCAUUCCUGAAUCCAUAUUUUGAUGCUUUUCGCCGUGCCGUGAACAUUGCAGCCGGUGAAGAGUGUUACGCGAAUAUUGUAACUAAGAAUGCCGGGAUGGUAGCAAUAAUGGUCUUUGUGCGUCAAGACGUCGCCGGAAAAAUUGCCCGGAUUGAAACUGCGGAUGUUGGAGUGGGGGUGCAGGAGGCUGGGAAUAAAGGAGCUGCUGGGGCACGGAUUGGCUAUUAUAUCAACGAAGAUACUGUCGACCUGACCUUUGUUGCGGCCCAUCUUGCCCCAGAUGAAUGGGCAGUAGAAAGGAGAAACGAAGACUGGAAGAGCAUCAGUGAAAGGCUUGUCUUUUCGAGGACGAAUAACAGUGGUGAAAACACUCGAAUUCGUGAUGGGGAAACGGAAGAAGACGCCCCUCUUCUUCGACCCGAAUCUCCCGACGUAAAAAAGGACAAUGGUCUAUAUUCACCUAGAUCGUAUAUCUUUGCUGCUGGAGACUUGAAUUACCGGACAUCACUAACUCGCCCAGGGCCGAAAGACUACAAAAAGUUUCCUCAACCUACAGAAGACCUGAACAGUCCCUAUCACUAUUCUCAUCUGCUUGAGAAGGAUCAAUUGACUCGCGAACUCCAGGAGCAGAAGACUCUACAAAAUUUCUCCGAAGCACCUAUCAAAUUCUUACCCACGUAUAAAUUCACUCUUCAAGCAGAUCAGGUUUACCCCGAAGGUCCAACUGGAAAAUGGAGCUGGGCGAAGCAGCGGUGGCCAAGUUGGUGCGACCGAAUCCUCUAUAGUGAUUUCCCUUCUUCUUCCUCGACUGGAGAAAACAACAUUGAGGUUAAUGGAUACGAUGCUCUACCGCUGUUUCAAACGUCUGACCACAGAGCUGUUGCACUUUCCGUUUCAGUGCCGUUGAAGCCCGCUUCGCCCCCUGCUGUAUUCUUACCUCCGUUUGAGAUUGACGCAAACUGGAAAAGAAAAAGGGCCGCUGCCAGGCGAAAGGAGAUCGCUGUGGGUGUAGCAGCUUACCUAACUCUCACAUGGGAAGGUAAUGGCCUUCUUGCUAGCAUUGGUCUUGUUUUAAUCGGUAGCUUCUUUGCCUGGCAGUCAUUCCUUGCAGGAUGA